GUGUCACCUGCUGUGAGAAUGUAUUACUGUCAUCCUUCCCAAGAACAUGGGCUGAAGCAAUUCAAGUCUGGUACAGUCAGUCCUCCAAUUUCAAGUAUGGAUUUGGAGCAACCGUGGAAAAUGUCAAUAUUAAGAGCUAUACUCAGUGCAACAGUUACCAGAUUGGAUGUGCAGUUGCCUACUGUCCUAGGAACCAGUUCAAGUACUUUUAUGUUUGCCAAUACUGUCCUCCAUAUAGUUGCUCUUUGGCCUUCUUUUGUGUUGUAUUUCUUUCAAAUUUUAGAGGAAAUAAUGCGAUGCAAAUAUCUACACCUUACAAAAGCAGACCAAAAUGUACAGACUGUCCCAGCCACUGUGACAGAGGGCUUUGCA